AUGACGACGGAAUAUAGUUUCGAAUCAAAUGUAGACAUCAACUCAGAUGAAGAAAUUAAACAAGUAAAAAUAUGCCCAUUUUAAACUCACUUCUAAUUUUGCUAUGAUGAUAAUACCUAUAUAUAAAAUGAACAGGCGAAUCAACCAAUUCCAUCUCCUGCUUAUAAAUUCAUGGGAGUGAGUUAUAGUAAUGACGAAUCUGUUUAAUAUUAAUCAAUAUUAAGAGGAGUGGAUAACAUAAGAAGGCAAGAUAGAGUUAUUUAAACUGGUACAAUUAAUGUCAGCAAAAGUGUGAGCAUUUUAAGAGAAAAUAAAAGGAACAAAAGAAACAAUAAACCUUAUGUUGCCAGUAUGCAAUAGAUUAAAAUGAACAGCCCAUAUAAGAAUAUUUUAGGUUAAAUUCAGGACGGGCCUAAUAAAAAACCUCGGAAUAGUAAAAAUACUCCAACAAAAAUAAAAAAUGUAUCCCCUCAAGGGAUACUGAAAAUAUGUUCAUUUGAAGGACCUCCCAAUUAGAACCCGAAUUCGGUGUCCUAUCAACUGAUCUCGAAUAAGAAGGUGCAAUUUGAGUUCACUCAGGAAUAGAUAAAAAGCAUGAAAAAAAUCAAUAUUGCCAACGUGCUUAUAAAUUAGAGAACGAGAUUUGUUUUUAUUUGA